CUCCUUGCCACAGCUCCGCCUUCUCCUCUUCCUCCUCCCCAGUUGGUGAUCGCUCUGCAUCUGUCUCCAGCAAACCUGAUCCAUCCCCGCUCGCUCUUGCCCGAUGGCGCUGCCUAACCAAGCCCAGGCGAAGAGCAGGAACCUGAGGCGGCAGCUCAUUGUGGAAACUGAAGAAUUAGCACUUCUUAACCAAUCACUCUGAAGCUUUGAUUCUUCCCUGGGGCCUCUCAAGUUUUCUUUUUUGGAUAAUUUCUUUCUGCAAGGUGAGGUUUUUUUCCCCCCAGUUCAGCCAUGACGACCUCUGCCUUGCGUCGACAAGUGAAAAACAUUGUGCACAAUUAUUCUGAAGCAGAAAUCAAGGUGCGUGAGGCCACCUCCAAUGACCCCUGGGGACCCCCCAGCUCUUUAAUGUCUGAGAUUGCUGACUUGACCUUCAACACAGUGGCUUUUGCAGAGGUCAUGGGUAUGAUCUGGAGGCGGCUGAAUGACAGUGGCAAGAACUGGCGUCAUGUCUACAAGGCCCUGACUCUUCUGGACUACCUCAUUAAAACAGGCUCAGAGAAGGUGGCUCAUCAGUGCCGGGAGAAUCUGUAUACCAUUCAGACUUUAAAGGAGUUCCAGUACAUAGACCGUGAUGGUAAAGAUCAAGGCAUCAAUGUUCGUGAAAAGGUGAAGCAGGUGAUGAGCCUGCUGAAAGAUGAAGAUAGACUGAAGCAGGAGAGAGCCUACGCCCUGAAAACCAAAGAGCGGAUGUCCGUUGAAGGGAUGGGCAUUAGCAGCAGCAAUAGUAACAGCCACCAGCUUGCCUAUGGCCGGCGGGCAUCGCAGUAUGGCGAUGACUACAGCAGAUCAAGAGGUUCUCCGUCCUCCUUUAAUUCUUCUUCAUCAUCCCCUCGGUUCAGCUCUGACCUGGAGCAGGCGAGGCCACAGACUACUGGUGAAGAGGAACUCCAGCUCCAGCUUGCUCUGGCAAUGAGCCGAGAAGAAGCAGAAAAGCAGCCACUUCCUCCAGUCUCCAGCACAGAUGAAGAUUUGCAAUUACAGAUAGCGCUUACCCUGAGCAAACAAGAGCAUGAGAAGGAAGUUAGGGCAUGGAAAGGAGAAAAUUCCCUGCUACAAAAGGCAUUGGAAGAAAGUAACCUGGAUGUUGAGGAAGUUGAUGAUAAAGAAAAGAAAACACAGUCUUCUGUGUUGGAGCUGGCAGACAUUUUUGGACCAGCAGCAGUCCCCUCUACCCACACUUCUGCUGAUCCAUGGGAUAUUCCAGAUACCAAAUCUCCUGUAGAAUCAACAGGAACAUCCUGGGGUCCUGCUGCAGACCCUUGGGUGCCAUUACCUUCGGAGGAUCCUCUGACCCACUCUUCUGCUGGUCAAGCUUCUUCCAGCCCCUGGAAUCUUCCUCCUAUCUCUUCUGCCUCUGACCCAUGGGGGAUAAAACCAUUGCCUCCAGGUGUCUCAUCGGCAGACCCCUGGGGAAAACAGUCACCACCUGCUCCGCUCUCUGCAAGGGUCACUUCUGCUGCUGAUCCUUGGGGAGGUUCUACGGAUAAUUCCUCUGCCCCUGACAAUAGUGCAUUUGACUUAUUUGCAAAAUUACCUGAAUCUGUGGACCAACCAGAACAUGAGGCUCCAUCAUCUGUGAAAGCCAACAGCUCUGGAGAUGUGGAUCUGUUUGGUGAACUUAUUCCAAGCGCCGCCGAGAAUGGAAUUCAAAGUAAAGAUAUUUUUGAUAUUGCAAGUUUAGGAGAUUCUUUACCCGAUUCAAAGGAGAAGGACAAUAAAGCACCAGAGACCUUUCUUGGCCCCAGCGCCUCUUCGUUGGUUAACUUGGACUCCUUGGUUACAGUCCCACAGAGCGUGAAGUCCCGUAAUCCAUUUCUGGCAGGACUCAGUGCCCCCUCACCUACCAAUCCGUUUAAUGUUGAUCAGCCCAAACCAACUCUCAAUCAGAUGCGGACCAACUCCCCAGUGCCUAGUGUUCCUAUGGGGAUGCCAAUGAACUCUAUGACCUACAGUGCUUCUCUCCCUCUACCACUCAGUAGCAUCCCUUCAACAAUGACUCUCCCAGCCUCUGUGAGUGCCUUCCCUCAGGCUGGAGCAGGGCCUUUUCCAGAGCUACCUAGCAACUUGCCUCAACCUCUCCUACCCCUCUCUGGCUCGAUCCCACCACCAUUAGCUUCACAAAGCAGUAUGAACCCUUUUCUCUGAGAAGACUUGAUUGGUAACGUAUGAUGUAUCCCUUACUUCUUUACCAACUAUUAUGGAGGAUCUCCUGUGCAAAGCACAUUGGUUUUGAAGCAAGCAUCUCCCUGGAAAUUCUGAUCAGAGACUCAGCAUGAAUCUCCUUGCUGAGUGAGAUAUUGUACAAAAAACAACUGUCCCAUCAGGUUGAACGUUGCCUAAAAUCCGCUGCUGAUGGCAGUUGGGACCUCAGCUGACAUCGUUUUGAUGGAUUAAAAAGGAGAUUAGAGGGCAGUUCUGCAGAAGGACAUUUCUUUUUCUAAGGAUCUCUGCUCUCCUGCUUUUAUGUUGGCACAAAUAGUGACUAAAUUGAACAAAACAAAACAAAAACUCAAGAUUACUUCUUCAACGUGAAAUUAUUUUAUAGUUUGCAUGGAAAUACGCAAAUAAUUGCCAAGGCUUACAGCUCUACUUCCUGCAUGGCAGGGGCACAGUCUCAUUCCUGGGAAUCUUGACAGCUCAGCAAAUUUUGCAAUGCCAUACGCAAGGGAGAAGAUCUGAUUUUUUUAUUUUAUUUUUUGCUACAGUCACUUUCACUGGGUUGCCUAAAGGAAACCUCGUUUCCUGCUAUUUCCACUCAGUCGCAUUUUCAUCAGUGGUCUUCUUGCACACCUUUUAGUUUGCUCGUGAGCUUUGGAUACUCUGAGAUUUAGGGAGGGACCAGUAUGAAGGUAGGAGCCACAUAGAGGGAAAUAAUAUUUUUUUUAAAAAAGGGCAAUCAAACUCAAUGCCUGCACUGUGUAGAUUUAGUGGCAAGAAUGCUGAUCCGUGAAAGGGAUGGGUGAAUAGAGUUAUAAACUCCAAUUCUCUAGAAAUAGCUGACCAAACUCUGGCUUCUAAAUCAAAUGUCUCAAAAAAAAAAAAAGAAAAAAGGUUCCAAUCCCAGGCAUUCCAAAUUCUGAAGAUGCUGCCAUACUUUACGCUAAGAGCUGAUAGUUCUUCCUGUUCCUCUUUGCUAUUCUACUACUGUUGUAUUAAACCUGAUAUCACUGCUUUUCUGCUUCUGAUAGCUUUGAUCCAAAGACUUUUUUUGUGAACUUCUCCAUAUUUAUAGAGCAACAUGACGGAUGUCCUGAUUUUUGCUUUGGAUGGUCCCUUAGUUACAUAUCUGAUCACAUACUUUGUUUUCUUAGUGCCUGCAUCUCAGUCUCAAAUCCAGUCUGCAAAAUGUGGAACUCAGCAACAUCAAACCCAGUCCAGAACACUUGAAUGAACUUUGUGAAGUGCAUGAGAAAGCUUGGACUAUCUUGCAUGGUGGCAAAGGGCUUUGUUAAUGUGUUUGGGAACUGUCCGUAAGAACCUUAAUAUUGGGCUUGAUGGCCUAGAUGCCUUGCAUUCAAGCUUAGAAUUGCUUUGAAAACAUUCAUAUUUGUAACCUUUCAGUGAACCUCUAACCCACAAGGUCCUAGGAUAUUAAUGAAUGUGGUAUAAACCAGAAUGCUAGAAUACUGGUGGUAUAGCAUAAGCAUCCCAGAUACCAGCUGUGUCUUAAUUGACAAUUUCACUCAGCAUGUCAAUACAAGUUACAUCUGCAGGGUAUGAUGACUGUGGAGCUGCACUGAUUCAGCUGCAGUGGGAGAGAAAUCAGGGCUGCCCAUGGAGAGCAAUGCAGGACAAUCAUUGGGGCUUUUUAGCCUGUAUGUAAUCACAACGCAAUCAUACCAAUGCAGAUUUCAACCUAUGAAGAAUAAUGGGCGUGAUGAGAGACUUAAGAGGCCAAUAAAAAGCUCAAAUGUACUUGGUAAUUUAGAAUGUUUGAUGCGCUCCUUUUGAGUGUUUAGUUAUAGGCGAGGGGAAGGGAUGUGAAUGAGACUGCAAGAGUAAGCA